AUGCCCACACGGGUCCAUCCGUCGUCCUCUGGCGAGGCUCGGCCGUGGUUGGGCCAAGGCCUCGUGCUUGCGAUCCUCUACCUCGUACUUGCGACCAUCGUGGCUCUCUGCACGUACAACCUCGACCGCAUCGCCAACACACCGGUUCAGCUCGGGCUGCAAAUUCACACGUUUACGUACAACCAGUGGAACGUUCCGAUCACGACGCUUCUCCGAAGCUCCACAAGCGUAGCGCCUCUGACCAACGACACCUACUCGCUCAGCGACCUCCUCUACAAGACGUGCGGCACGCGCGAUCACGCGUGCGCGGCCGGCUUUUUAAAUGCGACCAACGCCAUUUGGGGCCAUGUCGCCAAAGCGUUUUUGACGAUCCCCGACUUUGACCAGCCGCGCUUCCAGGACCCGAGCCAGAGUGUUAGGAUCCAGCACAUUAGCAAUCUCAACGGCUGGAACAAAGCGACGGCGCAGUUCUCGAUGCCGGGCCAUGACGUGGCCAUGACGUGCAUGAUUCGACGGGCGAGCUUCCGUCGACGGUCGGCGCCCGCGUCGACGCCGUCGACGAUCGAUACGCUCGCCUUUUGCUCGCAGCGCGCCUUUGAUCCGAACUGGGUUUGCGAGAAUGAUGUUGCCCCGAGUGUCAACACGUAUGCGAUCCAGGUCAACCAAGGCAAGGGCGUGUACGUGGGCGUCACGCCGCGCCACCAAGUGCACUUUAACCCUGGUGCUGUGGCCACGUUGACGGGCAAUGGCACCAUCUUGCUCGAGACCGUGCCGUCCAUGGACGAGUACGGCGCCGGGAUUCUCUCGAUGAAUGCGCCGUGGGACGUACUGACCGCCGGUAGCUGCGCAACGUUCAAUGAAGCGACGGGCCUCGGCUGGUUUAUGAAGGUCCAAGGGCUCGUGACGAUGACGUGGAAGUGUGACUCGCUCAUGCUCACAAAUGCCAUGGCGCUGUGGGCCCUUACGCUGGACUUGACGGUGAUGCAGAUCGUGUACCUUCGGCGCAGCGUCAUCUGCUGCGGCCCCGUGUACAUGGCCAAGAACGUUAUUGGCCUCGUGAUCCUCCUCGUGGCCUUUUACGGCAACAAGAAUCUCCAGACGCUCACGACGUUUCUGUACAUUAGCCCUAGCCACGACCCGGGCUGCUUUGCGCACUGCGGGCCUGCGCAGCUCGCCUCGAUCGUCGGGAUUAUGACGGGGACGCUCGUCCAGACAUGGUUCAAUCCGCGACUGGUGACACAGACGUGGCUCCUUCUGCUCGCGAGCCUUGUCAACUGGAUUCUGGUCUUUGUUCUCGAAGCGUUCGUGUUCCCGUCGCUGAGCCAUGAAGUGCCGGGGCCGUGCGGGUCCCCGACCGCCACCAACUGCAUUGCGUUCCACAUGAUUGAGCGCACGCACUACCUCUCGGCCGUCGCGUCGGGUGUCGUCAUCGUCGUCGCCAUCCGAAGUGUCCAGUUGGAUACGAAACGCAGUGCCGCGCGAAGCGUGCACGCGCCCAUUGCACCGACGCACUCGCUGCUGACGUACCUCGCCGUGACCGACCUGGCGUCGAUUGUGACGUCGCAGCGCGGACUCACCAAGACGGUGCAGCGUGGCGGCAAGGACGUCGUCGCUCUUGAUUCUGGCGUCCUUCUCAUCAAGAGCAUGGUUGAAGUGUCCCGGUCCGCCAUCACACGCACGUCCAACCUCCAGCUUGAGCUCAUCUACCGCCAUUUACCGUUCGUAUGGCUCCAAGCCUACAUGAACCGAGCCAUCGGGUCCAUGCUCGUCGUGCAUGUCAAGGACCAUAUUAUUUUGCAGCGCUCGAGCUAUCAGUGCCUCGGCGACAUCCUCGCAGCACGUGAGGACGAAGACGCCGAUGAUGAUCCGAUCAAGAGCUACCUCCUCUGAAAUGUUCACGAUAUAGCCCAGGGUUCCCCGCUCCUUGGCAAAGACAGCAGGUGCUCUCAACGUCGUGAACGACCGU